UGGGCGGAGUUUUGUUUCCAGGAAGUGCCAAGCGUGAUCAGAGCCUCUCACUGCCGCGCCGAGGGAAGUUUUCUCUUGUUUCUACCAAAAGUCUUUCUUCUUUUUCUGAAUCCACCACCAACAUGGGCGAUGAGGAGGAGAAGUAUGACGGCAUGUUGCUGGUUAUGGCGCAGCAGCACGAAGGAGGAGUGCAGGAGUUAGUGAACACGUUCUUCAGCUUCCUCCGACGUAAAACAGAUUUCUUCAUCGGAGGAGACUCUGGUGCAGCAGAGAAGCUGGUCAAAGAAGCCUUCGAUCACCACAACAAGUUAGCCAUGAAGGCCCAGAGGGAGAAGCAGAUGAGACAGGAGAAGGAAAAGAAGGAGAAAGCUGAAAGAGCCGCCAAGCUGGCAGAGGAGGAGGAGGAGAGGAGGAAAAACCAAGAUGGACCCAGAAUUCAGGAACUGACAGACGAAGAAGCAGAGAAACUGCAGUCUGAGCUGGACAAACAAAAAGACGACGAAAAGGAGGAGGGACGAGCAAACGCAGAGAAAACGCCGGACAAGGCAGACAAAGAGAAGGGGUCUGAUUCUGAGGAAGAGGAGGACGAGAAGGACAAGGGAAAGCUGAAGCCAAACUCUGGGAAUGGAGCAGAUCUGCCCAACUACAAGUGGACGCAGACGCUGUCUGAAGUCGAUCUGUCGGUGCCUUUCGACGUGAAGUUCCGCAUCAAAGGGAAAGACGUGGUGGUGGACGUCCAGCGGCGCUCCAUCAAGGUGGGCCUGAAGGGACACCCUCCGGUGGUUGAAGGUCAGCUGUACAAUGAGGUGAAGGUGGAGGAGAGCUCCUGGCUCAUCGACGACGGGAAGGUGGUGAAUGUCCACCUGGAGAAGAUUAAUAAAAUGGAGUGGUGGAGCCGAAUCGUGACCACAGAUCCAGAGAUGAACACUAAAAAGAUCUGUCCUGAAAACUCAAAGCUGUCGGAUCUGGACGGAGAGACGCGUGGGAUGGUGGAGAAGAUGAUGUACGACCAGAGGCAGAAGUCCAUGGGCCUGCCCACGUCUGAAGAGCAGAAGAAGCAAGACAUCCUGAAAAAGUUCAUGGCUCAGCAUCCAGAGAUGGAUUUCUCCAAAGCCAAGUUCAGCUGAGUUCUGCCUUCGUGUUCCCGCUCAGCCCUCCCAUCAUCCUCUGGGGCGGAGAAGCUGUGUGUUUGUUAACAUCGUCUCUCUUUGCGUGUCGUCUAGAUGUUUUGAGUUUUUAAAUAAAAUGGUUUGAAAUGAAA